AUAUUUCACUGGUAUGUGAUGAAAUAGACCACAAUAACUGACGCUGAAAGACAAUCAGUUCCUGUACUAACACACCCACAUCUAAGUGCUGAAAAAUUAGCUGAAAGUCAAACAUUAACACAUCCAAGUGAUUUCUCUUCUGGAGCUCUAAUCCUGGUUAUUUUAUAUAGCUUGGAAAAAUCAGUCAGCAGCUGAGACAUUGUGAGACUCCAGAAAGCAGAGAACUGGAAUAAAUUCAAAGGUGGCUGUUUAGCAGGAUGAAUAAUACUUAUCAAGAAAGUGCAAGAACAACAAAACAAUAUCAACAGGUUGAAGUUAGUGAUGCUUUGCUGGCUGUGAUGAGAUUCUAACUACGUGCUUAAUAAAAGAUGAGAAGGUAAAGGGUAAGGAAAUUCAGCAUACCCACCCUGAAAUCCAUGUGUGGAUGUGCAUCUAUUUCCUUGGCGGUGUCAUUGCAUUAACUAAAGCAGUUUGGUGACUGAAAUAACCUACAGUAUACAGAGAAGGAAAGGGACAUAAAGGACAACAACAAUGAGAUACAUGAUCCUAGUUUUCUUCAUGGUGCUGUCAUUUGUGUGGCUAUGUGAAAAUCUUGUGGUUACACAAUACCCAAACUUCAUUGCUGGAAGAAAGGGACAUGCAAUCACUCUGAACUGUGACGUAGUCCAAAACAAGAGUAAAGAAAUACAUAGACCAGUUUUAUACUGGUACAUCAAACUCCCUGGUCAGGAACCAAUGGUUAUACACCCAGAGCGUACUAAAGAGUAUGGUGAUCGUGUGGAAAGAAUCAGUCCUAACAGUCAAACAGACAAAUCAGUAAAAAUCCAUGGACUACGGUUUAGUGAUAGCAGAAUAUAUUACUGCAUGAUGUCAUUUGUGUUUAAUGAAAAACCUGUAUCUAAAGAUGGAACAGGAACACAGGUCUUUGUCCAUGGUCCUAUGGAGGUGUGCAGUAAGAAUAAUGACACUGUUCUGGUGUGUGAGACAUCUGUGCCAAAAGUGGAAGAUGUCAGUAUCACAUGGCUGAAUGGAGAUACUGAGGUCCCUGCUGAAGAUUUCACUGUGCAGACCACAUAUACUGAAAGUGAAUCAUACUGUCUCGUCAGCGCACUCAACAUUAGCACAGGCAAGCAGCAUAACUCUACUUCUUACUACUGUGUGCUAAGGCACAGGGCAGGAGGCAUGAUCUCAAAUGCCAGCUGGGACCUACCUGUGACCAAUCUAACCAAGCCAGGAAAAGAGCCUGUUCUUCUGUAUACAUUGUUUAUACUGAAUGGAGUGGUUAUACUUAUAAUUAUUGUUUGCUAUCUGCUCUAUAGCACUGUCUACUCACAGCACAGAUCUCAGUAUAGGAGACCUAUACUCGUGCCACAAAUGACCAGAAACAGACUUCGUUAACAUCGAUCAGCUGAAGUGUGGCUAAUCUUUGGACAGGAUGUCUUACACAGCCCCACAUCAUUCUACAUUGGUUGGAUGUGGACAUCAUGCUGGCAAUCAACAAGUCUUUUCUUCAGAAUAAAGUGUCAUUCCUGUACCUUACAGCACAUUAAAGAACAUUUUAAAGGCAUUUUUGGGAUUAACUUGUACAUAAAUAACUUUCUUCAAACAAUUUAUCUUAUACCUCUGACUUCAUUCAUUUAUAUAUUAAAAAAUCUGUGUUAUCCAGGUGUUGAAUGCACACAUGCAGUCACUGAGACAUUGCAUGCACACCUCUGGACAAUUUGGAAGGUCAAAAGUUCAUCUACAGCAUUUGUUUCCUAGGCGAGUAGAAGCUGGAACACAGGAAAACUCACAGAGAUGCAAGAAGGGCAUGCAGACUCCACACAGGAGGUUCCCCACCUGGUACUAAAAUGGACUUUAAUAAAGUUCUAAUGACUAGGGAAGUAAGUAUGCAAUUACAUAGUGUCACAAAGUAACCAUGCUUUGUUUAAAAAAUCUUGUAUGAUUAAUGCCACAUACAUUUUCAUUUUCCUGAAAUAAAUACAUGGAAAUGUGGUACUUAUUUUCGACUCAAACCCUCUAAUUAGUCCAGCAGCAAAGCAACUAGAUGAAACAAGCAAUAAUGGUUACUAAAUAUUUGGAAAUAAUGAAGAAUAGCAAAUAAGCAACAGUUUUAAAAUUUUCAGCACUGAUGUUAUGUUAUGGGUCUAUAUUUCUGAAAACAUUAUUAAGAAUAUUAAGUAUACUAAAGACAUUUUGUUUUAUUUAUUGUUUAUUCUUAUUUUGCAUUUAUCUCUGUUACCCACAUUGGAUGAGAGUGAAAACUUUGAAUUUGUCCUACUUUAUUCAACAACAGACAAAUAAUUAAUUAAAUAAAUAAAUAAAAUAAACCACUUUGAAAAUGA